AUGAGCUCUAUUGGUACAGGAUACGAUCUUUCCGCUUCUCAAUUCUCACCAGAUGGCAGGGUAUUUCAAGUUGAAUACGCAGCUAAAGCAGUGGAAAGUAGCGGGUCAAUUAUAGCGAUUCGAUGCAAAGACGGUGUCGUCAUCGGUGUAGAAAAGAUAUUAUCUUCCAGAUUACACGAAAAAUCCAGCAAUCAAAAGAUUUACAACGUUGAUCGACAUGUUGGGAUGGGAUUUGCAGGUAUUCAAGCGGAUGGUAGAAAGGUUGUAAGUAUCGCUCGUGAUGAAGCUUCUGAGUAUAGGCAAAAUUAUGGUUCAGAUGUUCCCUUAAAGCAAUUGGUUAACCGAGUUGCAAGCUACAUCCACGCAUACACGUUAUAUAGUUCUGUUCGUCCUUUUGGCGUUAGUGCCGUACUGGCAUCGUAUAGUGAAGCGUAUGGCCCAGAACUGUAUAUGAUCGAACCAUCCGGAUUAUAUUGGGGCUAUCGUGCCUGUGCUGCAGGAAAAGCCAAGCAAGCAGUGAAAACGGAGCUAGAGAAAAUUAAGGCUAACGAUAUGACAUGUGAAGAAAUAGUUAAAGAAAUAGCUAGAAUUAUUUAUGUUGUCCACGAUGAAAUUAAAGACAAACUCUUUGAAUUAGAGUUAAGUUGGGUAUGCAAAGCUACUAACGGUGAACAUCAGCUAGUACCUGCAGAUAUCGCUAGUGAGGCUAUCAGGCUAGCUAAGCAUGCCAUGGAAGAGGAUCUUGACGAUGACGAUUAAUAACUAACUGAUGACUAUUAAAUGCAAUCAAACCGAGUUCGAUAGUUCUAUAUUAUAUUGCAUCUUUCAUAUUAAUAAGUGUAAAGAUUUGUAAUACCUAGCACAUUGACAUGUCUUAACCUUUGAUUUCUGUACUAUCAUUUAAAUGUAUAUGUGGCCUUUGAGUUCCAUAAACGUUGGUAUAAACUUGGAACGUCAUAUUGUAUCUAACUGUUCAUCUCGAUCACUUUUGCGUAUUUCCUCAGUUU